CCUGUUUAAUCGUGAUCACGCGGCGUCGCCGAGUUUUCUUCUCUCUUGAAAUUUUUUUGCAUUAUCAGUACUCUAUGGCAAUAAGGCAGCGAGUUAAUAGGCGUAGCAAACGGUGUGAUUCGAAAUAAAUUUUCAAGCACAUUGAAUCUUGCAGAGAAGCCGCAAUAACGAAUAAUUGGUAAAGUAAUACUAUGAAAUAAUUCAAUUUUUUAAUGGCUUAAAAUAUCAUUUGAUUUCUAGAUUAAAAUUUAUAUUAUCAAAUGUCAUUGACUAUAUCGUGCAUGGAAAGAGAAAAAAAUAUGCGUAAUACUAUUUAACUAUAUUGAGUAUACUAUGUAAAAAUGACAACGAAAGAAAGGAGUAUGACACAAAGUGCCUGAUUAACUUCAUUUUAAUGAUUCGGCACCCAUGGCUCGUCUGAGGAGGAUUAAGGAGCAGACUGGCGAAGUGGGGUAAGCGACGAAUGAAGGCGAAACGCUACACAGUGAAACACAAAAUGGUAGUAGUAGAGAAGUAGAGGGAGCCGAAGAAGAAGAGAGGGAAGAAAAAGAGCUGAAGAGGAAGAAAAAGGGAAGAAGUCGGUGUAGGUAGCCCUGGCAGCCGGUAGAGGCACGUUUUUAGUGAAGCGGUCAUAAAACAGCGGGCUUCAUUGUACAACAUUGCCAACGUGGUUUGACCGAGUGCCGGCGAAAGCAGAAUUUCUCGUAGCACGCAGACCAAUUACGCGCAUUCGUUGUAUUGUACUGCGUCGAGAGAGUGUUGAGUCAAUUGUGUGAACAAAUAAUCAGGGCCAAUUAAGCGUGCGGGCGCGAUGACUUCCGCGUAUGAGACAACGACGACAAAACGCGAGCAGCAGAAAGCAACGAGUCUGCAUGAGACUACGAAAAUACAUUUUAACGGAGAAUUGGAUAAUCUGGGUACUAUCACUGACAUAGAGAAGACUUUGGCAUUGUCUCGAGCCAGUCUCGCAACAGGUAACUCCUUUUUCGACGAAUCCACGCUUUCUUCCGUAGAAGUUAGCGUUCCACCUGGUGAAUUAUUCGACAGGACUUUGGGAAUGUUUGAGAAAGAGAAGGAAGAUAAGGAUGAAGGAAACAUUGGCGUCUCGGUAAAUGGUAUUUUACAAAUGAGGAGCUUCAAAAACGAGGAGUUGUCCUUCGAAGAUAACGAGAGGCUUAAGGAGAGAAAGAAAUCGGUUUUAUUAGCGGAUAAUACUGUGCAAGAAAGCACAUCCACAUGCAAUACGAGAAAGGAACAAAUCAAGGAGAAUCGAAGUGUGCUGGGGGAGGUUCAAGUGCAGGAACAACGCACGUAUAAUAGUAGAGUUCAUGUUGUGGAAAAAUUUCAAGAUUCUGCAGUGGAGGAUGUGCGAGCUUGCUGCGAGGACGUGGCGGAAAUUAGCCUGAAUGCAGGCGAAAAACAGGAUGAAUUUGAAAGGGAAAUUGUCGGUCAACAGGACUCGUUUUACGAUGCCGUACGAUCGGGAAACGCCAAGCGCGUCUCAGCAUUGAUCGCCAACGGUUGCAUACAAAACCUGGACGAACCGGAUUGGAACGUGUCGGGUGAUCCACCCUUAUUGAUGGCAGCAACGAAUCAAUGCUUGCCGGUGCUCAGCACAUUACUAGCGAACGGAUGCGAUCCAGCUGUGCGUUCGCCGAGGGGCGAAACGGCACUUCACAGAGUAAUCCUGAAUGGCGGACCGGGCAACGUGUUGAAAUUCGUAGAGGAUCUCUUGAAAUACGACUGUCCGCCAGGCGUCAAAGAGGCCGGCAGUGGGUCGACUGCGUUACACGUGCUCUCUCGUCAACUGGCUCACACGUCGCUAAAAUCCCUUCGUCACAAUUUCGACGCGGCCCUGAAAACGCUGGAAUUACUAGCCAGAGCAGGAUUUAUUAAUGCUAAGGAUCAUCAAGGCCGAAGUGCUUUGCACAUUUUAGCAUCAUCGACUAUUUUAGAUAACAAUCACAAGACCGACAUCGAGUCUGUGAUUGGUACGCUUCUGUCUGCCGGCGCAGAUACCGCGCUAAAAAACGAUCGCGGAGAGACCGCUUUGCACGAGAGUUUGGAAUGCGGUGCGUUAAAUACGGCAUCAUUGUUGAUACAACAUACGCCGACAGGUAUCACAUCGCGGUACGGUGAAACUCCAUUGCAUAUAGCGUCGCGGAAAAACCAUGUCGAUAUGGUGACGAAGUUACUCGAACACGAUGAGGAUCCCGGCACGCAGGAUGCCGGUGGGAACACUCCGUUACAUCUUGCAUCAGCAAGGGGAUUUCAUCAGACAGUAUCGCUGUUGGUCACCUCGCCCUUAGCUCAAUUGGAAAAGGUCAACAUCGACGGUCUGACGGCUUUACAAGUCGCUGCCGAGAGCGGAUUCGUCAACGCCGUCAGGAUACUGUUGAAGGCUGGCGCCGAUCCCAGCCAGACCAUGCAUUAUUGCGCAAGCAUCCUGCGCCAUUAUCCCGAUAUCUCACUUCUGAUUGAUCACGAAUUAACUAGACGUAGACAACUCGCCGCUUGAUCUGUCAAUUCCCGAACUAUUGGCAUUUGAUAGUUUGUUUCAGAUUAGUUACUACGAACAAAGUGCAAUUAUCUCUCACUUGCUGUUGCUUAAUGUAUCGCGAUGCGCAUUCGAUAUACGUGCGAAAAAUAUGUGUGCAAUUGUAAACGUAAUAUAAAUUUGUUGCCAUAAAUCCCGGCUGUGGAUAAAAAUGCAGUUGAACAUAUUGUAACGUAUCUGCAUAUAUAUGUACACACAAGUACGAUUUAGAAUACAUAAAAAUACAAUAUAUUUUAUAAAUAAACGUUAAUGCCAUUAUUCGCAUUAUCGUCUUUGUUCUCAUUAUUGUUGUCAUCGUGCGUAAUCUUGCCAUCAUAAUAUUAUUACAUUAAUUAAUAUUUUGGUUAAGUUAACUUGUUACCAUCAUGACUGUUUGAAUGGGAAAUUAAUAAAAUGAAACAAUCAUUUUUAUAAUAUUAGUGUAUAUUUUAUAAAUCCACAUAAUUUGAAAUGAAGCGAAAAUGAAAUAAAUUGAAAACAUGUUUGUAUGUAUAUCUAUGUAUAAAUGGAUUUUAAAAUAUUUCCUUCAAAGUAUAUCACAUAAUAUUUGAAAGGCUGUGUUAGAGAAUUAUAAAAUAAUUAUUACAUAACGCUUGUAUAUAAUGUACAUAAUUCACUAUACUUGGCUGAUGUUAAGAAGACAAUGUAUAAAAAUAAACAUGUCUUCCCUAUUA